AUGGCGUAUUCAAGGCUAUGGCCCUCAUUAUCAUCGCCAUUAAUCACAACUCAAGACUUGAUGAUUAGCUAUAAUAACACUUCUGAUCAUCAUAAUCAUCAGGAUGAUCAUACAAGAGGGUUCGAUCAUCAACGAUCACCAUCAUCAACCAAUGAUGAUGAGCCAAAAGUACUACUAGUUAAAGAAGAGCCACCAGACUCUUUCUCCAAAUUGAAGAUAAACAUUACUCCUCCUAAUAAUAAUUAUUAUUCAGACAUCGAAAAAUCCAAUUACCUAUUCUCCACCUUGUACAACAACAAGCCAAACCACCAUCAGAUUUCAGAUCAUCAAGAUUUCUACUCCUUUAUUCAAGCUCAAAGCAACAACAACAACAAUAGUGCUAGUUAUGGAGCCAGCUUCAAAGGUAGUCAUAGAUAUGAUCACGAUGAUAAUCAUGGUCAACUCGGUCAUAAUAGAACAAGCUCCUCAUUGUUGUGUACCACCCCAUUGAUGUUGAAUUCUUCUUCUUCUUCGAAUGGGGGAUUCAAUAGCUUAGUACAAGCCAAUUUAGAUCUAUUGAUUUCACCUACGAGUACAACUACGACUAAUUCUUCUGCUAAUUACAACAAUAAUCUUAGUCUCUAUAGCCAAACCAGCUCUACUUCUUUUGGCCAUGGUACCGGUCAUCAUGACAUGCAAGAAUAUUCAAGAUCAAGUCCAUCAAACAGCUCCAACAUGACAUCAACUUUCUUAAACGAAGUUACGAGAACGAAGAGACCAAGCAGUAGCUCUUUUUCAGAGCCAAAGGAAUAUUCUCGUGCAGAAUCGAAGAAGUCAAAGUCCAUGUUACGAACCUCAUCAAACCCUCCACUCAAGGUCAGGAAAGAGAAGCUCGGAGACAGAAUUGCAGCUCUUCACAGGUUGGUGGCACCUUUUGGAAAGACUGAUACUGCCUCUGUACUAACAGAAGCCAUAGGCUACAUCCAGUUCCUUCAUGAUCAAGUCCAGGUGAUCCCUCACAAUUCCAUAACAUUUGUUUUACUCUGA